AAAUUUCAUCGUUGAGUGUGGGUCGCGGGGAGCUCCGCAGUCCCACCGCAAUCUCGGCACCCACAACCAGUUUUGCUUUUUGCUGUCGUCGCAUUUUCUUACACGACGACUUCACGCGUAGUAUUUUUCUGAAGUGGAUCAUCAAGCAAGUUGGAAAGAAAGUUGAAUACGAUUGCUGCAGGAGAAAUAUAAGCAAAAGUAAAGUUCUUACAUAUGGCUGAUAAGCGGCGACCGAAAAAACGCAAAGAUGAAUACACCGGCCCCGGUGGUGCCGACCAGGAACUCGACAAAGCUACCAAAGAUGAGUACAAGGUGGCAAAAUGGCUCAAAUCUAAUGUGCCCACCAAGAAAACCAAAUUUCUGAACCACAAUGUGGAAUACUUUUCAGCGGUGCGCGCCGUCGAUGCCCUGAUGACUUCAAAGUUCUCUCAGGGCGACAACUGUCUGUUUCCGCACCGGCAGGCGGUGCUCGAUUUCAUGGAUGAAAUGCUGCACCACAAGUUUUUCCAUCGCGCCAAAAAGGUAGCAGUCAGCGAACAAGAACUACGCGGAAAAAGCAAGAAAUCCACUGACAAGGAAAACGAGAAGGAAAAGUCGAAGAAGGACGAAAAGACAACCGAUGGUGGUGAAAGCAGCCAUGCUGAAGGUGGCAAAGCGGACAAGGCAGCCGCUGAUAAAGAGAAGCGCAAACGCAAAAUUCGUUUGGAAAUGCACCCGGAACAGCUGUUUGUCGAUGGGCACGAAGCAUACGUCUGGCUGUAUGAUCCUAUUCCAAUGCAUUAUUGGAUAUUUGGUGCACUGUUGGUUGUCGGGGCCAUCGUAAUUUGUCUGUUCCCACUGUGGCCGCCGAUGCUACGGAAGGGUGUCUAUUAUCUUAGCAUAGCCGCUGCUGGCUUCUUGGUGUUUAUUCUGGGAUUGGCAGUUCUACGAUUUGUUCUUUUCUGUAUCGUGUGGAUCCUCACCGGUGGAAAACAUCAUUUCUGGUUGUUGCCUAAUCUCACAGAAGACGUUGGGUUCUUUGCCUCAUUCUGGCCACUAUAUGAUCACGAAUACAAGGAUGGAAAUUUGGAUAAAGAUAAAAACAAGAAGAAUAAAAAACGAAAGCGCGACAAGGAUAGCGAUGCCGAAGAUGAUGGCACGGCAGCGCUAAAUGUGCCGCAAAAGAUAGAUGAAGUCAAGGAGCUCGAUGAUGAACCCAAGGGCCAAGAAUCUGAGGAAUCAAAUCUGCGCAAUCGAGGAAAGGGCAAGGCUGCUGUCGCUUCGCAACAGGUGGAAGAGGCAACAAAUGCUAGUAAUGGACAUGACGAUGACGAGGAACCUGGUGAAGAUGAUAAACAAUCGCCUUCGGAAAGUGAGUCGGAAGGUUCACAGCGGUCAUCGACUGGAAAAGAUUUUGAAAUACUGGACCACGAAGAGGUAGAAGGAUCGUAAAAUUCAGCGCCAGUCCAACAGAGUUUGAUAUCGCAGAUAUUCAGACCGGUCGAUAUGAUAACAAUGAUACAAACAUUUAAAAAUGGCACAUUAGGUGAACUGAUAAUACAGCAGCAAACUUGUAUAACUGAUUGAUAUAGUGACAUCCACCACACAUAGCCACAGGGCCACAUCUUUUUUAUUUUAUGUUUUCGGUAAUUGCAGCAAGUUGAACAAACUGCAACAUUUAUUAUACUAUAAUUUAGUGCUGCAAUAAUUUGGACAGUAUAUGACUAGAAUCUAUCCAGGAUUGGUAUGGUAACUAAUAUUAUACUUAACGGUGCAACUUCAAGUGGAUGAAAUGUUGUGGUUGAGCAAUUCCUUUUGUUGAAUGAUUUCAUCAUUCAAGUUGUAGAAGCUUCUACUACUACAGCAAAUAUCCAUGUAAUAGUGAAAAAUGAAUGAAUCUACAAGUAGAAUCUAAAAAGGGGUUUAGAAGCUACAAAAAUGUAAAAACACUUUUUAAAAUUAAACGUAGCAUAUUUAGAGGAACAAAUUCGCAACAUUGUGCGAAGGUAUCAAAUACAGCAUUGUUUGACAUUUUUUAGAUGGAUAUAAUUUUUCAUCAAAGGGUAGCGUACAAAAAAAUAACAUGCAAAAAGAUUAACACGAAUCAAGAUUUAUUCCAUCCUACUUUCUUGUCAAAUAAACAAAAAUAUAUCCAAGAUGAUACUGUUGAAGUAGAUGUAAAUCAUCCCUGUACUGAUAGCUGAAGUUGCAGUAAGAAUAUUUAUUCGAGAUGAAAAAGAUGAGGUUUUAAACUUCUUUGUGCUCGGAUUUAGGCAAAUGAAAAACAUCUCAUCGAUGAUACAAGAAAUAAAUUAUAUAUAUAGACAA